AAGCCGGCAUUGCCAAUAGCAGGUGGAGCGGGAGGCGUUUGUUGCCCCUUCGUUGCUCCCGUGGCCUCGGUCCGGGUAAGCCAGGCAUGAAGAUCACGAGGCAGAAACACGCCAAGAAGAAUCUCGGCUUCUUCCGCAACAAUUUCGGCGUCCGCGAGCCGUACCAGAUCCUGCUGGACGGCACCUUCUGUCAGGCGGCCCUGCGGGGCCGCAUCCAGCUCCGGGAGCAGCUGCCCCGCUACCUCAUGGGGGAGACACAGCUGUGCACCACCAGGUGUGUGUUAAAAGAGUUAGAAACAUUGGGAAAGGACUUGUAUGGGGCAAAACUGAUUGCACAAAAAUGCCAGAUUCGGAAUUGUUCCCAUUUGAAGAAUGGAGUGAGUGGAUCAGAAUGUCUGCUUUCCAUGGUUGAAGAGGGAAAUCCUCAUCAUUAUUUUGUGGCAUCACAGGAUCAGAAUUUGUCUAUGAAAGUAAAGAAAAAGCCUGGAGUUCCUCUCAUGUUUAUUAUUCAGAACACUAUAGUCUUGGACAAACCUUCUCCCAAAACAAUUGCCUUUGUUAAAGCUGUAGAGUCAGGCCAGCUUGUCUCGGUGCAUGAGCAAGAGAGUAUCAGGCAACUCAAAGAGGAACAGGGGCUAGUGAAAAACCCUGAACGGAGAAGAAAAAAGCGCAAGAAAAUAAGUGGCCCCAAUCCUCUUAGCUGUUUGAAGAAAAAGAAGAAAGCACAGGAUACCAAGUCAUCUGCCUCUGAAAAGAAAAGAAAAAGAAAAAGAAUCCGGAACAGAUCUACCUCAAAAGUACUUUCUGUAAAGCAGAAUGCAGAAGGAUAAUGAAUCCUUCAAAUACUUUUAAAGACAUUCAAAUGUAGAAAAUAAGUUUUUUUUUAAAGCUGUGGAAGUAUUGAGGAUAAAAGACUAAACUUAUUUUUGUAAAUAAAUAUUGACCCAGAAGCCUUUGCCUAAAAUUAUUUGUAAAACACAAAAACCAGAACAGAGUGGAUGGGUUUAGAUGUGACAGUGUUCAGUUUUCUUACUCAGUGAUUUUGGAGGUGGUUCUCAAUGUAAAACUGUUGUCUUUUUCUCACUGCAGCCUAUCACCCCCUAUUAAAUGCAAAUAGUUAAAAAAAUCUAAUAGUUCCCAAAGGCUUGUAACAAAAAAGAGGUAGUCCCUCUUUCACAUUCACAGCAGAAACUUCCUCUUUCAAUUCAUGUAGUAGUUGUAGAAUUUACCUUUAUGUUUUCAGAUAAUAUGAAUAUGCUGCUACCUUUUGAUCCAUCCAUUAUUUAUUGACUUAAUACCGGAAAGAAUGGAGGUUUCACUUGCUUGUAUUAUUCCCUCAUUUUUAAUAUAUCAGUCUUUAUACAUCCCAAAUUUAGUAUCUUUGUUACUUUGACUAUAAAUUUUGUUAACCACUGAACUCAGUAACAUGAUAUGAUUGAAUUUAUUUCUUAUACGACUUCUUUGUUAUUCUGGAAGUUAAUAAUGGUCUCUUUUUCUUUUAGUGUCUGACUUGAUCUUGUCACGUUCUCCAGUAACUCUGUAAAGAGCCUCAUAAUAUAAUUUUCCAUAUGAUGGUAUCAGGUCAUUUCUUACCCCUGGAGAUACUUUUCCUAGAGCCUUCCAUCCUCCAGUGUGGAAAGGUUUUCUGCUGAGCGUGUUGCUCAGCUAUUACCCAGGCGCUUCUUGUGCUUAUCCACAGAUCUCCUUUGUCACUUCUGUUUCCUAGAGUCUUUGUUUUACUUUCUUGUUUUUCUCUUUUGCUGUGGUGAAGCAUAGAGUGUGGAUGAAGUCCAUUUUUCGAGGCCCAGCCAGUGUGUCUACCUUAAUAUUUGUUGCGCUGAUAAUCUGGCAAGAUAAAGAAUUCUUGGUUGAAAAUAAUUUCUCUCUUUCCCUGGAGAACCUCUUAAUUGUUUAUAAGGUCCUAGGAAAAAAAAAUUCCUUCACUUGUUUUGAGUUCCACUUGUCCAAAAGAGAGGAUGGUUUUUUUUCAAACGUAGCUGUUAACUUUAAUA